ACAAUUUUACAUUUUUAGCCCUUAUAAGGUUUUCUAAUUCCAGCAAUACCCUACUAACAAGAACAAAGCACUAUUCUCCUCGUUCCUUUUUAUUUUCUUCUCUUCCUUUUCUCCAUUUCUGCGCUCUCUCAGUGGCAUAUCAACGGGAAUUGUGAAUCUCUGAAUAAAUUGAUUGUGACUCGAGGAGAGGAGCAAUUGCAACACACAGUAAUCCACGUUAAUCUAUCGAAUGAACGAACUUUUGACGAAUCCAAUAUUUGCAACGCAUGCAGCUGUUGCUGCAGGAUCGGCUACAUUAGCCACUGCUAUCAGUUACCCUCUCGAUAGCCUUAAGGUCCUUGUACAGGUGGGAUCAGGUAGCAGUAAACAACUCACUGGUGCUGAUGUCCUCAAUAGGGUUAGAACAUUGUCGGGAAGUUCAGGCUUGUAUAGUGGUGUGGGGUGGUUGACACUUGGAAGAUCAUUGGGUUUGGGAGCUCGCUUUGGUGUUUAUGAAAUAUUAUCAGCUUUCUACAAAGAUGGUCGAGAGGACAAGUAUGUCCAUGUUUCUGAGGCUCUGUUGGCAGGAAUUGCUUCUGGAGCAGUGGAAUCACUAGUAAGUUCUCCAUUUGAACUUAUUAAGCUCCGUGCUCAGGUUACUUCUGCCUCCCGAAUUCGCAGCUCCACGUCAGUUGUUGAAAAGGCCGUUGUUUCGGCCUUAACGGCAAAGUUGCUACCGGGAUAUUCCCAGGACAUUAGAGCUUUGAACAACACAGUUGGUCUUUUGACCACCCUGCCCACCAAACAUCCCAAUUUGGUUACUGCCCUGAAAGAUUAUCCAUGGAUGAUGACAGGGUCUGGUAGACCCCCAUCUAUCUCUGAUGUUAAGAGGCCGUUAGACAUCAUAUCUUUGGAAGGAUGGGGUGCUCUCUGGAGAGGCAUGAGAUCUGGACUUGCUCGAGAUUGUGUGUUUGGUGGUAUAUUCUUUUCAACGUGGCAAUUCCUACAUCAAGCAAUGGUUGAAUGGAAAGCAGUUGGUAUGGAUCCCCCACCUAGAUCUGAUGAAGAAGUUGGUCCAUUGUCUCCGUUAGCUGUUAGUCUUGCAGCUGGAUUCUCUGGUUCACUUGCUGCUGCUGCUUCUCAUGGUUUUGAUACUGCCAAAUCUCGUUCACAAUGCAUUGUGCUGCCUAAGUUUGUAUCUAUGGAGAGGAGGUUUCUUAAAUGGCAACUGCCUGGGAAGAGAUUUGAGAGAUGGACUGGGAUCCAUCCUGCAGAUAGGAAUAUCUUAUUUCGUGGCUUGGGAUUGCGGAUGGCUCGCAGUGGACUUGCAUCCUUUGUGGUUGUAGGUGGUUAUCUUUUUGCAGUUGACAGACUCCUCCCCAAGUGAAGGGAACAAGACGGGAGGAAUUGAGGAACUAAGCAAAUUGAAUUAUGAUUAGCCGUGUUAACAAGUGCACGCGGAAUUUUCUCUAAGUAUCUACCAAAGAGAAGCAUAUUUUUUUUCUCUAGAACAAGCUUGGAGACGACUACUCGCACAUUAAUGUUGGUUAAAUGUUUGGCUUCUUUUUUGGCUUCAUUAUUUAGAUAUUUUGUACCCAAUUUGGCUAUUAAAGAUGUGAAUAACUAGCAAUAAGCACAAGCGUUGUUUCUCAUAUGAUUUCAACAAUGUAGACGAUUGAUAGUAACAUUUUGUACUUGUACGAUA